AUGCCAUUUGGACAAGUAGUUAUAGGCCCACCGGGGUCAGGAAAAACCACCUAUUGUGCAGGCAUGUCUGAGUUCUUGUCAUCUUUGGGGAGAGACGUAGCAGUUGUAAAUAUGGACCCUGCCAAUGAUCGAGUGCCUUUCACAUGUGCUGUAGACAUAUUUGAACUUAUUUCCCUGGAAGAUGUAAUGACACAUUUACGGUUAGGGCCCAAUGGAGGCCUUGUUUAUUGUAUGGAGUACCUUGAACAGAACUUUGACUGGCUCAAAGAAAAACUAGAUGCACUCAAGAACAAGUACAUUCUGUUUGAUUUUCCAGGCCAGGUGGAGCUGUAUACACACCAUAAUUCUGUGAAAAACUUGCUAGAGAAACUGACAUCUUGGGACUUCCGUUUAACUGCUGUACACUUGGUUGAUUCUCAUUACUGCUCAGACCCUGGCAAGUUUGUCGCUAUCCUCCUGACUUCACUAAACACAAUGUUGCAGUUAAGCCUUCCUCAUGUGAAUGUAUUGUCUAAAAUUGACUUGAUAGAAAAGCAUGGUAAACUAGCUUUCAACCCUGAUUUCUACACUGAUGUCUUGGAUCUACACUAUCUGUUACAUCAGUUGCAG